GGGAGACGAGGACUGGACAGGGUGGCCAGUGAGGUCCCGGGCCGCUCCUUACCCGCCUGGGGCAGGAGACCCCCUCGCAGCUUCGCAGCCACGGCCGCAGCCAUCGCCACCGGAAGAACGGACAGAACUCCAGUUUACGGCCAGUAAAGCCUCGCUACACCUCUCCGGCCCGAGACCCUCCACUGUGAUCACCUACUUCUGUCUUCGACCCCGCCGCUGACAAGUCGCCCUUUCUCUUAUCUGUGUUCAGCCAUCCCCAGGGCCUCCUCUCGUCCAUCAGCUGUCUAUUAGAGGUCAUGCCUGGAGCCGAGGAUGCCCAGAGUCCAGAGGAAGUGGGUGUUUGCAUUACUGAAGCCCUUAUCACCAAGCGGAACCUGACCUUCCUGGAGGAUGAGGAUCUGUCAGAAAAGAUGUUCCAUACCAUCGCUGAACUGGAGACUGUCCGUCUGGACCGGGAAGGGAUUACCACUAUCAAGAACUUAGAGGGUCUCCAGAACGUUCACAGCCUCUAUCUGCAAGCGAAUAAAAUCCAGCGAAUUGAGAACCUGCCAUGCAUCCCCUCCUUGCGCUUCUUAUCUCUGGCAGGAAACCAAAUCAGGAAGGUGGAAAACCUCCUCAACCUCCAGCACCUCCAGUUUCUGGACCUUUCUGAGAACCUGAUAGAAACACUGAAUCUGGACCAGCUCCCUGAGAGUCUUCUCAUCCUUAACUUGCUGGGAAACCCUUGCACCAACCAGGAUGGCUACAGGAAGAUGGUGAUAGGAGCCCUGCCCCUGCUCCUGGACCUGGACAGGCAGCCUGUUUUGGAGCGCUGGGUUUCCGAUGAGGAGGAAGAAGCCUCAGAUGACAAGGAGGUGUUCCCAGAACUGAGUGGCCCAUUCUGCUCAGAGCGAGGCUUCUUCAAGGAACUGGAGCAGGAACUCCAGGGACACCAGGAGCGCAGGCAGCAGGCGGCCCUGGCAGAGCACCUGCAGAGGAUGGAGAUGAAGCCCGCCCUCACCAGCCUGCCACCUGGGACGCCCAUGGCUGGAGACAGCAGCUCUUCUGUUACUCCACAGCCAAGGAAGGAGUCAGUUCCGAAGGCCACCUCCUCACCCCAGGUCUCCUCUCCCACCCAAAAACCAUGCACUCUUGCUCCCAAGGGACAAAAAAGCUCUGUCCAGGCAAGGAAGGGGUUCCCAGCAGCCACAGCAGCCAAGGUCUCUCCAGUUGCAGCCCCAAGCACAACCAAAACUUCAACUAAAAGAAGUAAGAACUGAAGCACUGGGCCUCUCUCUGCAAGUCCUCUUCCUCUCCGGCCCCUCACCUGUGACUGGAGCCCCUCCCCCAAUAAAGUGUCUCAGGGCCGGGA